UAACCUCUUUGUCUGCGAAAGCACACAUAGCUAGAGAGAAAGAAAUGGCGGAUGCUGCAGUAGAAUUCUUACUGAACAACCUCAAGGAUCUGCUGCUCUACCACUCUCAUCUCCUCACCGACUCGAAGCAGCAGAUCGAGAAUCUAGAGACCGAUCUCCGCCUCUUCAAAGCGUUCCUCAGGGACUCUGUGAAGAAGCGGAGGGAGGAUGAGCGCACCGGAGAGCUGGUGAGGAGCAUUCGAGAUGUGGUUUAUGAGGUGGAAGAUGCGAUCGACGCCUUUGUCACUCAUGCCAUGGAGAAGAAGUCAACGACUUCGUUGCUCAAAUUCUGGAAGCCUUCGGCCAAUCUCGAGAACAUUGGCGCGAAGGUGGAGGAGGUGAAGCGCAAGGUGGAGGAGGCCAGGGUCGACUUCGCCGGCCUUAACGUUGAUGAUGAAGACAACUAUGCCAAGCUUGAGGUGGUUCUACCGCCAAGACAGAAAGACGUGGUGGGUUUCACAGAUGUGGCAGAAGAGCUAGUAGGACAUCUCACUAAAGAAACCAACUAUUUUGAUGUAGUUUCUUUGGUUGGCAUGUUUGGGUUGGGCAAGACAACUUUGGCAUGGCAAAUAUUCAAUAAUCCAGAUAUCAUCUACAAAUUCCCUGUCCGCAUAUGGCUUCCUAUCUCUGAUACUUUCUCCAACAAGGACAUCUUUCUAGCCAUUCUUAAAGAGUUCACCACUAUAAACGAUGAACUACGUCGAAAAGAUGACAAGGAACUAGCCCAAAUAGUUGCUUCCUAUCUCGAGAUAGCAAGUUUUCUAAUCGUGUUGGAUGAUGUCCGGAGUCAAGAUGAUUGGGAAAGACUCCGCAUUGCUCUGCCACCGAACAAUAACAAGGGUAAAAUUUUGAUCACUAGUCGUAACAAGGCUGUUGGCUCGCAUGUUAGUCACCCACAGUCUCACAAAGAGUUGCGUUUCUUUACUCAAGAAGAGAGUUGGGAGUUGCUUCGAGUGGAGGCACUCUGCAACCUAGAUUGCCCUUCGGACUUGGAAGAUGUUGGGAGACUGAUUGCAAGAAACUGUGGAGGACUUCCGCUUGCAAUAGUUGUCAUAGGGGGCAUCCUUGCAACGAAACUUUCAGCCUCGGAUAUGGAUGCAACGAAAAAAGAAUGGGAAAAAGUAUCCACGUGCGUAAACACAUAUCUUACAGAGAACGACCCUGCAGAUCGAAUAAAGAAAUUUAUAUUCUUGAGUUAUGAUAGAUUGCCUUACCACCUGCGCGCAUGCUUUCUCUAUCUAGGCGUGUUUCCUGAAGACUAUGCGAUUCCAGCAACAAAAUUGAUCCGCAUGUGGAUCGCGGAAGGAUUCAUACAACAAAACAAUGACUACAGUUUAGAGGAAUGUGGAGAGAUGUAUUUGGAGGAACUUGUCAGUAGAAACUUAGUCACGGUUGUGAAGUUUAAGCCGAAUGGUAAGGUUAAAACGUGUCGUAUUCAUGAUGCCUUGCGCAACUUCUGCAGGGGUGAAGCUGGAAAUGAGAAUGAAAACUUUUUCCAGGAAAUCGAGUCUGGCAAUGGAGGUUCAGACUUAGAUAAGUAUCGCCGUCUUUCUAUUCAUUCCAACGUUUUGAAAUUCAUCUCUUCAAAACCUUUAGGUCAUCGCGUUCGCUCAUUUAUCUGUUUUUCGAAAGAAGAAUGUAGCCUGCCCUCGGAAAACAUUCCAGACUUCCUCGUGGCUUUCAAAUUACUUAGAGUUUUAGAAGCGAAACCAGUGAGACUCGCCAGAAUUAGCAAUGAGAUGUACCAGUUGGUUCAUGCAAGGUACAUUUCGUUGUCUUUGGAUUCAUCAACUCUUGCAUCGAAGUUCAGCCACCUUUGGAACACACAAACUCUCAUAAUCGACACCACAUCUCAUACUCUUGAGGUCAAGGUGGAUAUAUGGAAGUUGACGCAGUUAAGACAUUUCAAGACAAAUGCAUCUGCUAUCUUGCCCAAGCCAAGUAAAGAUAGCAAAUAUGGCGCGGAGCUUCAAACACUGGGAACAAUUUCAGUUGAGAGCUGCACGUCCGAACUGAUCGAGCGUGCUUGCAAUUUGAAGAAACUGGGCAUUCGUGGGCGACUAGGCAUGUUUCUGGAAGGAAAGAUUGGAUCCUUUGAUAGUUUGGGGAAAAUAAAAAAUCUUGAAAAGGUGAAACUAGUAAACGACGUAGGUCCUAAAGCAGCAGCAGAGGGCCAACUUCGUUCGCUUCCUCAACCUUAUCAAUUCCCUUCUAAGUUGAGGAGCCUCACACUAGUUGCUACUUACCUCAAUUGGAAUCACAUGUCAACCCUCAGCAUGCUGGACAAUCUCGAGGUGCUUAAGUUGAAAGAUAAGGCGUUCAUGGGGAAUACUUGGAAGCCGGAUGAUGGAGGUUUCCGUCGUCUUGAGUUCUUGCAUGUUGGAGAGACGGAUUUAACCGUGUGGAAGGCAUCAUCCCAUCAUUUCCCUAAGCUUAGAGGCCUUGUGCUCAGGAACUGUGAGAAGCUUCUCGGUAUUCCAAUUGGGCUGGCUGAUUUAACAAGCCUCCAAAUGGUGGAGUUGGUCUACUGCAAAUCUGCAGCUGCAUCUGCCAAGAGGAUACACGAGGUGAAGAAGGCGACGACACAGCCACAAGGCUAUGCAUUCAAACUCUUCAUUUUCCCUCCUACCGAUUGAUCACAGGUGUACCACUACAUGACUAGUUGCUGCAGUCUGGCUUGAGUCUUCUUCACUUGAAUGUAUUAAGUUAUCUUCAAUAACAAAGUAUUGCAAUCCUUAAGAAUUUAGUGAUUGUGUUGAAUAAUCAUUGUUUAUUAUGUCAUAUCAUGUGUUUCAGAAGUGAUUCUGAUAUGAUGUAAUUAAUUGUUGUAAAUUUGGACAAAAGUUUUCAUGAGACAAAAGUUUGUACAAUUUCUUAA